AUGGGUUCCAUCAUCGACUGGUCCCUGCGUCCGGUCUACUCGCCGGAGCAAUUGGAACGGUACUUUAACCGGAUUGAUCUACCUCAAAAGUAUCGAGAAUCACCGGUAGUUAGGCUUGGGGCAAGCGUCGACAGUGAGAGCGCUCUAAGCUUUUUGAAAGUUCUACAACGAUACCAGGUGGCAGCGGUGCCUUUUGAAAAUCUCAAUCUUCAUUAUGCAGUCAAACGCUAUAUUUCUAUUGAUGCCCAGAAGCUAUUUGAGAAAAUAGUAGACUCUGGAUCGGAUCGGGGGGGCUACUGUAUGGAGAAUAGUACUCUUUUUGGGACCGUUCUCAGGACUAUGGGAUACAAUGUCACCUCGGUCGGAGGUCGGGUAAAUGAGGCGGUCCAGCCCAUAUCAGCCUCGAAGGACUGGAAAGGACCGAAAUACGAUGGAUGGAAUCAUUUGGUCAACAUUGUUGCUAUCGGGGAGCAAAAGUACCUGAUAGAUGUGGGGUUCGGCUCGAGUGGGCCACAUCAGCCCGUUCCAUUGAUCGACGGGUUCAAGGCCCACAAUGUCGGCGACCAGUUUGCACGGCUCAUCUAUGGCCCUAUCGCCCAGCACACGAGAGCUGGUCAGUCCCUCUGGCAGUACGAGAUCUGCAAUGCAGGUGGGGCGUGGAUUCCCGCCUAUUGCUUCACUGAAACGGAAUUCCUUCCAGAAGACUUUACGAUCAUCAACUACUAUAUGAGCACUAGUCCGGAGAGCUGGUUUGUUUCCCACGUGGUCUGCGUACGGAUGCUUCUGGACGAUGGAGGUGGAAAGAUCAUCGGUGAUCUAACCUUAUUCGAUAACACACUAAAGCGUCGCCUGGGGGCCACGUCAGAGGUCCUGCAAUCCUUCGCCUCCGAGGAGGAGCGUGUGAAUGCUCUGCAGAGAUAUUUUCGCAUUACAAUUUCAAAGGCAGACCAGAACAGUAUCCUCCAGACGGCCUCGGAACUCAUGUAG